UCAAAAUACACAAUAAAAACCGGCUAUUUUUUUUUAAUUAAUUAGAUAAUGUUAAGGUAUAUUUUAUCAUAUUUCCGCAACCAAGAGCCGGAAUUAUCCAAUGACGACGUUACACAAAUUUUGGCUCAAGAUACGGAACACACCAACCACUGGAGAGAUAAUUUGGGGCCCAAGGCCCCCACUCACCGGGAACAGUUCAAAAACGAAUACAAUUUUGCUACAAAGACUGGUGUGAUCACUGGCCACAACGAUGAUACCUAUGUGAUAGACAAUUUACUUGAAUUCACUCCGGAAGAUGAACAGUUCGAACUGGGAGACACUGUGUCCUACCAGCAGCUAUUUUCAGAUGGAAAAAUCGCAAUCUACAAUGUGAAUCUUAUAAGCAACGAUUGGGACAGAGUGGCGGAAAAACAGUCAAUUGUAACAACUCGCAUUAUGAUCAGCAAAGUGGAAAGACGAGAUAAACGGAUCAUGAUUCUCACACCUGGAAAUAUUAAAGUAGAUUUAGACAAAGUUUCUAUUGAAUUCGUGCCAUCCGUUGGGGACUGGCUGGAACUGGACGUAAAAUAUGAAGUCGAUGAGCAGACUUUAGAUUUAAGUGGCAAAGUAAUAGAAGUAAAUAAAAUAUCCCCAAUAAGGCCCCAUAUACAGUCUGGUAAAAUUACUUCUUGGGACGCUUUGGAAGGGACUGGUUCCAUUAGCAGUAAGAUAUUUGUCGAUAAAAAUGCGAUUAGAUGCGGGUACAUACCUGUAGUCGGGGAUCAAGUAUUAGCCGAAAUAAUCGAGUCUGACCAGCUCAACUGCACUUGGAGGGCUUUAAAGAUUCUGCCUGAACACUGGAGUAAGAAAGUGCAAAGUGGGAAAAGUGCGAAUGUAAGCAAAAUGAAGGAGAGUCAUCCAGGUCUGGAAAUUUCCUAUCCUCCACUCACCUUUGACAAAUUAGGAGUUUCCAAGUCGUUCACCAUUGCCUUAAGCAAUCAGUCUCAGGAUUUACUGGAACUCAAAGUCGUGGAAACAUCAGAAUGUUCCCAGGUGCACUUUGCUGAACCAAUUUUGGAUAAUAAGCCAAUCCUUCCCGGUGAAACUUUAAAUUUAAAUGUGAUUUGCACUCCAAAAACCAUGGGCAGUUCCAAUGAGUUAAUAGAGUUUCAAUUCAUUGGUUUUACAAUUGGAAAGUAUAUAAAUAUCCAGGUAAACUCCCAUAAAACUGGAGGAGUUUACAACACGAAUACUUCAAUAAAUUACUCAAAUUCGUACCAGAGCACAAAACACCUUGUAAGUGGUCAAAAAUCGUCAAAAGUGCGCUUUCACCUUGUAAGGAUUCCAGAGUACGCUGCCCCGAAAAAACUCUUAGAUUUGGUGAUAAAAUAUGGACAAGAUCGAGACAAUCCAAGUUUUAUCGAGGAGCUUAAAGUGGCGAAACCGAGUCUAUUUACCAACUUAAACCACAUGAACUAUGAAGAAAAAUUCCACACUCUCCUGCACAUGGAAGAAAUAACCAACUUAAUGCUAAUUAGACAAUACGAUCAGGAUAGAGCUUGCUUUAUUAAAAACGGCGAAUUUCUGAUGUUGGAAAUUGAAAAUUUAGCUGAAAGAAGACCAAGUAUUGUUUUAGGCGAUAGAAUUAUAGCUAGCGACACUUUAACUCAGACCAAUCAGGAAUACGAGGGAAAUGUCUAUAAAGUGGGUGCCAAACAUGUAUAUUUGAAGUUUUCGUUGCUGUUCCAUGAUAAAUACAACGGCGAAGACUAUUCCAUCAGAGUUAUACCAGGCCGCGCCUCCUUUAAACGACAACAUCACGCGGUGUAUUUAGCGGCCAGGCACUUGGGAAGAAAGUGGCUCUUUCCCACGCAAGUAGUGCAAAAAGAGCCGCAACUGAACUUUGUCUAUGAAAGUUACCUCAAUGCUAUUGAGGAAUCAAAACAUGCUGCUAUAAGCAACAAACACAGUGAAAAUUCUGGAACCACUGGGCAUUUUAAGGCAGACGUAAUCAACCAAGACGGAAACAUUGUAACCAAUAUUGACGAAGCGCAACCGUGCAAACUGGAAUGGUACAAUCGUCACUUAAACUGCAAGCAAAAAGAUGCCGUAAUAAAUGUACUAAAAGGUACAUCGAGGCCGUUGCCAUAUAUAAUUUUUGGCCCCCCUGGAACAGGCAAAACUGUUACAAUGUUAGAAUGCAUUCUGCAAAUUGUGCGACUGAUUCCAAACAGCAGAUUGCUAGUUACGGCUCCGUCUAAUAGUGCUGCUGAUUUGAUUGCUCUAAGGCUAAUUGAUUUUGGAAUUCUGAAGCCUGGAGACUUGGUUCGAAUAGUUUCAAUAAACUAUGCCGUUGGAGAGAACAUUCCGGCGAAAUUAGUGCCUUACUGUGCCACAGCAAGUGUGGCCAAAGAAGGCACAGAAGACGAAAACAUCCUUGACCAAAAUGGCAUGACUUUUGAUUGUAGUAGGGAAGUCUUGGGGAGACACAAGAUAACAAUAUCAACCUGCUCAAGUGCUGCAACUCUUCACAUGAUGGGCUUCCCGCGCGGUCAUUUUACUCACAUUUUCGUGGACGAAGCUGGCCAAGCUGCCGAGCCUGAGGUGAUGAUUUCUAUUUCAUUUUUGGACAAAUACAUUGGACAGGUUGUGCUAGCAGGUGACCCAAUGCAGCUGGGCCCAGUGGUUCUUUGCAAAAUAGCACAACAGUGCGGCUUAAGCGAGUCGUAUCUUGAACGCUUGACAGAUAGAUUUCCCUAUAGCAGGGACAUUCAAGGCUUCCCUACCACUGAAGGUUUUGAUCCUCGCCUGGUUACCAAACUGCUGCAUAACUACCGAUCCGCCAGCGUUAUUUUGAACCUAUUCAGCGAACUGUUUUAUCAUGGAGAUCUGAUUGCUACCAUAACCGAACGCGAUAGCCCGGAGUAUAGAUUGCUCAACUCCUUGGCAUCUAUAUUGCCUAAAACUGCAGAUAAUGCUGUGCCUUCGGUGGUUUUUCAUGGAGUAGAAGGGGAAAAUUACCAAACCCCCGAUUCUCCAUCCUGGUUCAAUCCGCAUGAAGCGGCGCAAGUUUUCUACUAUGUGAAUGAACUGUUCAGGCUAGGAUUGAGCGAGAAGAAUAUCGGCAUUAUUACUCCCUACACCAAACAGGUGAAGGAAAUUCGCGAGCUUCUCAAAGAAGCCGAGUUCUCCGUGCCCAGAGUGGGCACAGUGGAGGAUUUUCAAGGUGUAGAAUUCGACGUAAUUAUACUCUCUACUGUAAGAUCUUCGCAAAAUCACGUUGCUCGCGAUGUUCAGCACGGCUUGGGGUUCUUAUCGAACCCUCGGCGGCUCAACGUCGCUCUUUCGCGACCCAAAUCUUUGCUAAUCAUAAUCGGCAAUCCCGGAUUGUUGGCCUCUGACACAUGUUGGAGGCAUGUUAUCCAAUACUGCGUAAAAAACGGCGCUUAUACAGGAUGCACUUUUUAAACACAUCAGGUCGAAACGAAUGUUUAUUUUCGGUUAGAAUAAAACUAUUGAGUUAA